AGACAAAAGUUCUGAAAGACGUGUAAAUAGAGCACACCUUCCUAUUAAAGACUGGUGACAUUUGUCUGCCAAGCUCAACCCUCCAGCCUUAUUAUUUAUAGUCGGCUCGUUGGAUGAAACUGAAACCCUUCAAGCCAAAUACAGAAAGAAUGGAAGAUAGUGUAACUGAAGGUGAGAGCAUUAUGCAUCCAAAAGAAGACACGCAUCCUGAAGAAGAUGAGACAGAUCAUGGUAAUGAUCAAGUUGUAGUAGAAGAAGAGCAUAGAGGAUUUCUAAACCAAAUUGUGUCUAGCUUCGUCUGUAAAGUGGAAGCUGCUGCUGACGAUGUUAAUAAAGAAAGAGAAGAAGAAAAGCACUUGAAAAUAGAAGAGAAGAAGGAAGAGAUUAGUAAUAAUAAUAAGGGAGGUGGGAUCUUGGAUAAUCUUAUAUCUCACUUGGUUUCUCCAUCGAGUCCAAAAGCAGCUGCAGCAGGUGCCCAAGUUCUCUCAAAAAAUGAAGAAAAAGAAAAGGGCAAAGGUCAAGAAGAAGAAGAAGCAAAGGCAGUGAAGUUUGAUGAAGAAAAUGACGAGAAAGUGAAUACUGAAAAGGAAGGUGGUGGAGGAGGUAUCAUUGAUAACAUUGUUUCCCACUUUCCUACUUCUCUUCCAGAUGAUGCUGUUCCAACAACCGACGAGGUCUCCAUUCUAAUUCACUCCAUUAUCCAUGACUGAAAAGAAAUUUUUUUUUUUUUUUCUGAUUGUUCAUUUUUAGAUGUAAGAGGGAUUUUGAUUUUUUUUUUCUUUUAUAAUGUAUUUUAUGUAAUUUACUAGUUCAUUUUUGUAUUCCAGAUGUUCCCUUUUUUUAUGAACAUAUUGUCGCAAAGCA